CCGCGAUUGUCUAGCAGCCUCGAUGACGAUGACCCGCCGUCAGUUGGUCUCUCUCAGCCCCAUACUCUAUAAAGGCUUGACAGGCUCAGCCAGCCGCCCAUGUUGCUCACCCGCACCCUUUGCUUCUCCCUCCUCGCCGCGUCUGCCAGCGUCGGUGCCCCGCGCGCGCAAGCCCUCCAGAUCCAGUCGCCGUUCAAGUAUAUACACACCACGACCGCCAACAGCAUGUCUAAGGCGCUGAACUCCGCCGGCCUCGCUCCCGAGGACUCGCGCAAGCUGCCCGAGCGCGCGCCGCAGCCGCAUGAGGAGAAGAUUCUGCAGGCGAUUAAGGAGAUGUACUCGUGCAAUCCGAAGGAGACGACCUUUGAUAUCUAUGCAUCCGAAGCUAUCUUCCACGACCCUGUUGGCAUUGCGGAGGGUGUGCAGAGCAUUCGUGCCCAGUUUGUUGGACUUGCGAAGAUCUUCGCCCGCGCGGACAUCCCCAAGUUCCGUGUGCUCGAGAACCCGGAGUCGGUGCCCAAGAGCACCAUCCUCAUCGAUCAGGAUGUGGCGUACUAUCGUGAUGACAAGGCUGACAGCCCGACCAAGACCAUGAAUUCGCUUCUUACCAUCGAGACUGACAACUCCCACCGCGUCACCCGUCACUACGAGAACUGGAACCACGAGGGCACGUCUACGAGCGAGGAUGGUUUCCUUGGCAUGCUCAACGAGCAGCGCAAGCGCAUCACCGCGUCGCUCACCGACGCUGUUGUCGGCAAGAAGUGAGCUUGUAUGCACGCUGUUAGAAGAGAGGAAGACCAACGACCCGCAGGCGGUCGAGUAAAUUGUAGAUGAAGCAGUGUAUGAUAGUGUACAAGUUAAUGAGGAAUCCUUUCAAUCCGAACUUCUCUAUGUAUCCAAUCUUUUGAUGAGUCUCGAGUAUCCUUUCCGUCCUUUGAUUCUCU